UAUCUUAGGUUGUAUAACUGAAAUAUUGCUUUCUGCCUUCCUUCUGUAAUCAGAGGUGUAACGAAAGGAACGGGGAGCUGGUCUGUCUUCGCGAGCACGUUACUACUUUCGUUCACAUUCCAGCAACAGUUUGGGUAGCCAUGGCAACGUGCAGGUUCUUGCUCAAGUUUCUACUAUGGGGAGUGGCUUUGAUAACUAUCUAUGGGAGUUUAUCCGUAAAAGGGUUCGCGUGGCAACGACCAGGUUGUCAUAAAGUUGGACAUACCCGUCAUAUCAGCAUCCCUGACUGCGUGGAGUUUGAUAUUACUACAAAUGCUUGCAGAGGUUACUGUGUGUCGUAUUCCAUACCCUCAACAGAAGAGACAUUGAGAAUAAACUCGAACCAGGCAGUGACUUCGAUUGGACAGUGCUGUAACAUUAUGGAAACCGAAGAUGUGAAAGUAGAAAUAAUGUGUUUGGAAGGUCCGAGGGAUCUCGUGUUCAAGUCUGCCAGGACCUGUGCUUGUUUUCACUGCAAGAAAGACUAGAAACCCAGGUGUAUUUAAGGAGUACCGUUACUGACAGAAAAAAUUACAACAUAUUUAGAUAUUUUAAAGAUAUAUGUAACUUUGUCGUGUUGUACUGUUACUGGAACCACUUAAUCUCGUAACUGUAUUAUUGUCUGUCAUAAAAAAUAACGUAAAUUAUUGGCCAAUUUAAUUGUAUAUUAGAAGAAUUGAAAUGCGUUCAUAAAAAUACACGAUGUUAUAAUUGAAUAUAACCUUGUAGUUAAAAUACUUAAGUACAAGUUAAUAAAAAAUACGUGACAUAAUUAUUUAAUAUAACCUUGUAGAUAAUAUACUUGAGUAUAAAUUUAUAAAAAUUCGCGAAAUAAUUAUUUAAUAUAACCUUGUAGUUAAAAUACAUGAAUAUAAGUUCAUAAAAAUAAUUGACAUAAUUAUUUAAUAUAACCUUGUAGUUAAAAUACAUGAGUAUAAGUUCAUAAAAAUAAUUGACAUAAUUAUUUAAUACAACCUUGUAGUUAAAAUACAUGAGUAUAAGUUCAUAAAAAUAAGUGACAUAAUUAUUUAAUACAACCUUGUAGUUAAAAUACAUGAGUAUAAGUUCAUAAAAAUAAGUGACAUAAUUAUUUAAUAUAACCUUGUAGUUAAAAUACAUGAGUAUAAGUUCAUAAAAAUAAUUGACAUAAUUAUUUAAUAUAACAUUGUAGUUAAAAUACUUAAGUACAACAGAUUGUAAGCUCUUCCAGAGUUUACCUUGAAAAACUUAUUCUACUUAUAUAGCUCAAGCGUAAGUUUUAGAUUUUAAGAAGUGAUUUACGACCUCCUUAAUUCAAAUACCAGAUAUUUAUUAUUGAGUUGUAUUGUAAAAUUUACUUCGAAAUAAAUAAAGAAUAAAAACGUCA